AUCGAACUAGUUCGAUUCCGAACCACGCAACUCUAGCAUGUAAUCGUUCGUCUCGCCGUCUAACAUUUGUGUUUUGCCAUUCAAUAAAUCUAUUAUUUACCACUAAAUAAGCGGUACUACAUUGUUCGGAAAGUGUCCGCGGUCUGGGGACUCGAACCAGUCAAGGAGUACAACGAAUCUGCAACGAUACGUCCAUUAAAAUCGAAAGGAAAGGCAGCUGAAGCAGAGCCCAGCAAAAGCAACAGCAACAAAAUACACAAAAUAAAAGAAGCAGCAGACGGAAAAGUGUUUAAACGGUUGAGAACUGAACGAGGAGGCGAAUAUACACGGAUUUCUGAAAGUGCAGGACCGAAAGACAGCGAAAAUGCUUUAGAGGGCGGCGGUGGUGCAUGAUUUUCUCCCUUCGGAGAGACCAGAGUUGCCAGAGGACGAGGAUGGCUCCUGGCGCACCAAGAAGCUAAAGCCAUUUAGUCCAUAUAAAUUCCACAUAACGAAUCGGGAUACACGGCCAAGAUCCCCGCCAGAGGAUCCACGAGCUCGGUGCUACAUCCUGCAGCCUUGUUUAGCAUUUAAUCCGGUCACUGUGCCUGCGCCUUGUUAACCACAUUUUCUUGUUUACGUUUGCCUGUUUGUUGAACUCUCCACGAAUCGUCCUUCCAUUAAUUGUUAGUUACGAAUCCCUCUCUCGUUGAGCACACAAAUCAAAAUGAAAGCAUCAUCCUCGUCGGUAUCGAAAUUGAAAUCGAAGCGUCCAGCCGAUAAAGCUACAAUCAAAUUACUCCCGUCCAAACCCACCUCGUCAUUGUCACCGCCAUCGGAGAUUGAAGCCAGGGUCGCCAGGAUUUCGCCAGGAUCAGUCGUCUGCCAUCCCAAUUGAGUGAGGCCAAGGAUACACGAAUCUAAGGGUACUGCAUGUACUACAUCAACUGUAAUAUAAGACAAAUAGAAAAUAAAGCGAAUAAGGUUAAGUUAGUGAAACCAGGGUUAAACAUUUCUUCAAUUCGGACAACGCAGCGUGUUGAAUUCAUAUAUUCUCUAAUAUUGGCCAUUUCUCACUUGAGUUAAAUCGGAACUACUGGAACUUCUUUGGAAAUCCAAUCUUCCCUCGAUUUUCGUGUUGAAUUUUGUAUGCAAAUUAUAAAUGCCUUGUCUAAUUGCCUUCCAAAUUCGCAAACGAGCGCAUCUUCCAUGUCCCAGAUAUUUUUAAAAUACGGGCGUUUGUGAUUUAAAACCGAGAACACGUUCGUUAAUCGUAACUGGUAACUUUAGCGUAGGAAUAGGUAAAUAAUUAGCAGCGAUCGCUCGUCCUGGGAAGCCAAUUUAGAGUGGCAUGAGUGGCCAUCCAUCGGGACUCCGGAAACAUGAUGAUAAUGAGUGUAGUGGGCCACGACCACCUGUACCCGGAGAAGAGAGCCGUGUUAAAAAGAUGACCGAAGGGGUAGUAGAUACCUCAAAGAAUUCACCGCCAUCCUACCUGAACUGGGCCCGGACGUUGAACCACCUGCUGGAGGACCGCGAUGGGGUCGAGCUAUUCAAGAAGUACGUCGAGGAGGAGGCGCCCGCCUACAACGACCACCUCAACUUUUACUUCGCCUGCGAGGGCCUCAAGCAGCAAACGGAUCCGGAGAAGAUUAAGCAGAUAAUCGGAGCGAUCUAUAGAUUCCUGCGAAAGAGUCAGCUGUCCAUCUCCGAUGACCUGCGCGCCCAGAUCAAGGCCAUCAAGACGAAUCCCGAGCUGCCGCUUAGCCCGCACAUCUUCGAUCCGAUGCAGCGCCACGUGGAGGUCACCAUCCGCGACAACAUCUACCCGACGUUCCUCUGCUCGGAGAUGUACAUUCUGUACAUCCAGCAGAUGUCCGUCCAGCAGGAGCGCUGCAGCAGCAGCGGCGCCACGGGAUCGGGAAGUGCCGGGAGCAGUGGCAGCGGUGGCAGCAGCCUCGUCGGCGCCUGCGCCCUUCCAUCGACCAGUAGCGCCAAGCAACAGCAGCAGCAGCAGCUUCAGCAGCUGGUGCCGCCCGGUGCCUUCAUCAACCUGCCGGUGAGCAGCGUGAGCGGGCCGCCAGCUGGCACUUGCAGUGCCAGCGGCAGUGUGUACGGUCCCUCGACGUCAGCCAGCUCGAGCGGCUCCAUCAGCGCCACCGACACACUGCCCCGCAGCUCCACGCUGCCCACGCUGCACGAGGACUCGGUUCUGUCGCUCUGCGACGACUUCGAGAAGGUGCAGAUGCAGGAGGGCGGCGGAUCCCUGGGGUCCGUGGGCGCAGGUGCGCGGGCGCCCGACUACCCGAUCCGACUGACGCGGGACCUACUAAUAGCAACUCAGAAAAGAAGACUGGAAAUCCGACCUCCCGGUGCCCACGGUUAUGUGUACAAUCCAAGCACUACGAACACCUCCUAUGUGCCGAAUUCGCGGGUUGAUUCGGAGAGGGCCAGCGUUAGCUCCGGCGGACGCACCGACUCCGACACCAUGUCGAUAUCCAGCUGUUCCAUGGACGGUCGUCCGUACAUACAACGCAGACACAGCUCCACGGAGAGCAAGGCGAUUCGCCAGAGCGCGAUGGCGAACAAGGAGACCAAUACCUUUCAGGUUAUACCUCGCACACAACGACUACAUUCGAACGAGCACAGGCCACUGAAAGAGGACGAGCUGGUGGCUCUGCUGAUACCAAAACUAGAAGAAGUGAAGCGAAAGAGAGACCUGGAGGAAAGAGCCCGCGAGAGAAAUCCCGGAGCUGCGCUGCUGACCAACGAAAGAUCCAGUGCCAGCGAUCGAGCCUUUGCGGAGGCAAUACGGGAAAAGUUUGCACUGGACGAGGACAACGACCAAGACAUUCUGGACCAGCAUGUGUCGCGGGUGUGGAAGGACCAAACGCCGCACCGAUCGCCGGGAACGAUGUCGCCCUGCCCACCAAUUCCGUCGCGGAGACGCACAGCCACCCACGACUCGGGAAUGGUCAGCGAUGGCGCCAUGAGUCUAAGCGGUCACUCCAUGAAGCACUCGAAGUCCAUGCCGGAUCACAGUUCCUGCUCGAGGAAGUUGACAAACAAAUGGCCUUCCAUGAACACAGACAGUGGCAUAAGCAUGUUCUCGGCCGACACUGUUACCAAGUACAAAGAUGCGAGCUCUCGAUCUGGCUCUAGCACGGCCUCGAAACUGGAGGAGGCGAAACGAAGACUGGAAGACGAGCCGAGGCGCUCUCGUCGAUACGCCCAACCGGGGAUGCAGCACUUGUCGCAACAGCCGCUGGCCUCCUUCAGCAGCAGCAGCAGCGGCGGCAGCAUCAGCCUGCCCCACCAGCACCAGCUCCAAAGCACGGCGCCGCCACCGCCUCUGCCGGCCAAGCCGCCGGAGACGAUCGUGGUGUUCUCUUUUUGCGAGGAGCCUGUGCCCUACAGAAUUAAAAUACCCGGUACUCAGCCAACCCUGCGUCAGUUCAAGGACUAUCUGCCCAGAAGAGGUCACUUUAGAUUCUUCUUCAAGACGCAUUGCGAGGACCCGGACAGUCCAGUGAUUCAGGAAGAGAUUGUUAACGACUCCGACAUACUGCCCCUAUUCGGAGACAAAGCGAUGGGUCUUGUCAAGCCAUCCGAUUAAUAUUUAAGCAUUUAGCGUAGAUUUUGUAUUAAGGCAAAUCGUGAGUGUGACUUGGUGCACUGAUGCACUCGGUAAAGUACGAUUAGCGAUAACGAACGCACCAAGUGUACGCAUCUUAGAGCUAGCAACUGGAGAAGCUAUUUCCGACAAAUCAAAAGCUAUAUAUCUGUACGUGCGACCGGCUUUUGUAAGCAUCACAAACUACUCUCUGCGGGGGCAAUGUAUUUUUCUGUACAACAAAACAACUAAUUACCAGCCACCGAACAGGGGCUUCGAAAUUUGUAAAUCCAUAAUGAGAAUUUGAAGCUACUGGCAGCGGAAAAGAAUCCUCUUUAUGUUGACACCUUGGAGACCGUACAUCCAGAGUUCGAAAAGCGUUUUAGUCCCGCAGCAGCAGCGGGGGACUGAGAUUAUUAGGAACUGCACAAAAAUCAAUUUAUUAAGAAGAUUUAUGGGUUUACCUCGAUUGGGAUUUGUUUGUUACUUUAUACUAACUACGGACUGCCUGCAAUAAAUUUUGUUAAUAUUUUUGUAA